AUGGCGCGGGGAGAAGACCCGCAGGAUAGCUACCACCUGGUCGGGAUCAGCUUCUUCAUCCUGGGCCUGGGCACCCUCCUCCCCUGGAACUUCUUCAUCACUGCGAUCCCGUACUUCCAGACGAGGCUGGCAGGGACAAACAGCACAGUCGGGACCCUAGGCACCAACCACACGGCCCCCGCUGACCCCUUCAACUUCAACAACUGGGUUACGCUGCUGUCCCAGCUGCCACUGCUGUUCUUCACGCUGCUCAACUCCUUCCUGUACCAAUGUAUCCCUGAGGCGGUGCGGAUCCUGGGCAGCCUGCUGGCCAUCCUGCUGUUCUUCGCCCUGACGGCGGCGCUGGUCAAGGUGGACCUGAGCCCUGGGCCCUUCUUCUCCAUCACCAUGGCCUCCAUCUGGUUCAUUAACUCCUUUGGUGCAAUUCUGCAAGGCAGCCUCUUUGGGGUGGUUGGGAUCAUGCCCUCUGCGUACAGCACCCUCUUCCUCAGCGGCCAGGGCCUGGCUGGCAUCUUCGCUGCCCUCGCCAUGCUCCUAUCUAUGGCCAGUGGCGUGGAUGCUCAGACCUCUGCACUGGGCUACUUCAUCACGCCCUGCGUGGGCAUCCUCAUGUCCAUCAUGUGCUACCUGAGCCUGCACCACCUGGAGUUUGCCCGCUAUCAUCUGGUCAAGAAGCCGUCCCAGACUCCAACUCAUGAGCUGGAGACCAAAGCCGAACUCCUCCAAGCUGAUGAGAAGAACGGGAUACCCAACAGCCCCCAGAACGCAGCCCUGAGUGUGGACCUUGACCUGGAGAAGGAGCCAGAGGCACCCCUGCAGCCAGAGAAGCCUUCUCUCUUAGCUGUCCUCCAGAAGAUCUGGCUGAUGGCGCUGUGCCUUGUGUUGGUCUUCACAGUCACUCUGUCUGUCUUCCCUGCCAUCACAGCCAUGGUGACCAGCUCCACCGGUCCCGGGAAGUGGAGUCAGUUUUUCAACCCCAUCUGCUGCUUCCUUCUCUUCAACAUCAUGGACUGGCUGGGCCGAAGCCUCACCUCCUACUUCCUGUGGCCAGAUGAGGACAGCCGUCUGCUGCCGCUGCUCGUGUGCCUGCGUUUCCUGUUCAUCCCCCUCUUCAUGCUGUGCCACGUGCCCGAGAGGUCCCGGCUGCCCGUGCUCUUCCCCCAGGACGCCUACUUCAUCACCUUCAUGCUGCUGUUCGCCAUCUCCAACGGCUACCUGGUGUCCCUCACCAUGUGCCUGGCACCCAGGCAGGUGCUGCCACACGAGCGGGAGGUGGCCGGUGCCCUCAUGACCUUCUUCUUGGCCCUGGGACUGUCUUGUGGAGCCUCCCUUUCCUUCCUCUUCAAGGCUCUGCUCUGA